AUGAUUUCAAUAUAAUUUAUUUUCAUUAUCAACAAUCUAAUAUUUUAACUGUCUAUGUUAUUUAGAAAUAGUCAAAGUAGAAAGAGUAUUGAUUAUUAUGAAUAACACUUAAAAUAGAGUAAAGCUAAAUAGAAAUCAUGUGGAUCAAUUAAAUAAAGGCGUAGUAUUUCAAAAGAUUGUGAAUGUUAAAAUAUUGAUCAUUUAACAAAGAAUCAAACUUAAAAAGUGUCUGAAUUAUUAAAACUUAAAGACAUACUAAAAUACAAAUAAAAUAACUAGGUUGAUAAAGAAAACAAACAAUUUACUAAGAAUUAAUCCUCCACUAUUAAAACUGAAUGUUAAACAAAUUAUUCAGGCUUUACUAAUUCCAAUUGUAGAAAUUAAAUUGCUGACAAUAAUUUUACGUAAAAUGAUUCAAAUAUGAAGAUUGUCAUAGUAGAUUUUAGGUCAUUUAGAUUAAAUACAUUAGAUAGUUUAAAAAAAUGAAAGGUUCCUAACUCAUCGUUCGUAAUAAGACAUUAAAGAUGAUAGCUUUUUAUUGUAAAAGACUAAAUUUUUUAAAGAGCAGAAUUAAAUUUAACUGCAAUAAUAACCAAAGGUGUUACUAGAUGAUAGCAAAAACCACAAUUAUAAUUAUAUUAUUCAAUAAUAAUAGAUUUAAAUAUCAAAUCUCAAUUCUAAAUUAUUGAAUAGAGAAUAAAAAUAUAUUCGAAAAUAGUCAAUGUAUGAAUAAGACAUAUAAUAAUUAAAAAAUUAAAUAAUGCAAUUAUAGAAUGGAUUAGAAUAAAUGAAGGAAUAGGUUUCAAAUUAACAAUAUAAAACAUAGUUCAAUAAUAAGAAUAAUAAUAGUGAUCAAUCUAAUAAAUGA